ACACACAGGUACUUCUAUCGGCAUGGCUUUUUUUUGGAGGGAUUCUUAAGUGCUAUCCUUUGUUGCGGUGGCUCCAUAUCUAUUGAUGGGAACUACAGCUGCGUAGCAUGUCACAAAACUAGCAAGUACUUAAUUAAUACUACAGUGACAAGAUGAAGGCCCAUGCAAACCGUGGGAGGUCAUGAGGUCCUCGUGGACGACGUCUCGAGUGCCGUUUUCCCUGUUAUCACAGGAAAAAACUGCUUCACUGUGAUGAUCUUGCAAGAUCUGCGUCACAAGUUUGUUACACAUGAGCCAGAAAAUUUACCAUGCGCGCUUCCAAAGGGAAAACACCGUUAAAAAGUCAAGGACAAGGUCUUGCAGGUGUGGCAAGACAAAUUAGUUCUGUGCUUCAUUCUAUGCACCACAAGUCCACAGUGAAACAGUUUUUUUUUGCGAUACCUGUUCUGCUUUCUCUACUACGUCGUGGCGGGGUCGACGCACUUACUUUUCUGAUCCCGGUUUACGCACCUGGCUGCUGCGCUGAUCCCCGUUAGCGCGACGGAGUCACGUUCCCGCCUCCUGUCGUGUUGUAUCCUAAGAGAAGAUGAAUUUCAUUCAUCGUCGUCGUAUUUAGUAAAUAAGACGACAAUCAUGAAGGUGUUCUACCUCUUGGGAGUUGCGUUGGCACCGCUGAGGGCAACUGUCCCCCCCCACCCCAGACGGGGACUUCGGGGCUCGAGAUCGAGGAAAAGCCUACUUUAACUGCGAACACUGUCGUUUCUGGGGCGCAAGAUGCUCCUGCUGAUUCAUCACCU